GCCGGGCGGAGGCACCUCGGACGGGCACCCUCAGCCCCCGCCGCCGCUGCGGAUGUUCCCGCGGAGCCGCCCGCAGCUCCCGCGGCGGGGCAGGCCCCGGCCGCCGCUGCUCGCCGGGGUGGCGCUUGUUUUCUGCAUUAAAGCAGUCCUGGGGCAAAAAUCAUGUCCUGAGGCAAUGGAAAACUAUGUGGCGUCGAUGGUGCUGAGUGCAGUUGGUGACACGCUGGGCUACAGGAACGGGCAAUGGGAGUUCAUGCGGAGUGGCCCGGCCAUCCACAAGGAGUUGGCGGAGAUGGGGGGAAUCGGCAACUUGAGCAUCCAAGGUUGGAAAGUCAGUGAUGAUACGGUGAUGCACUUGGCCACGGCCGAAGCCCUGGUAGCUGCCGGGAAAAACCCGAAUUUAGCACAUCUCUAUUCCCUGAUUGCAAGGAACUACAAGGAGUGCAUGAAUGAUAUGAAGGGCAGAGCUCCAGGUACCGUGAGUAAGGAGAACGCGCUGAAGCUGGACCCGGAGCGGCCGGAUGGCUGGAGGAUCCCGUUCAGCCCCCGUGCAGGAGGCUGCGGGGCCGCCAUGCGUGCCAUGUGCAUCGGGCUGCGUUUCUGCCACGCCAGUGAGCUGGACACCCUGGUGCAAGUCAGCAUCGAGAGCGGCCGAAUGACCCACCACCAUCCUACCGGCUACCUGGGGUCCCUGGCUUCAGCCCUCUUCACAGCCCUCGCGGUGAACGCCGUGCCCCUCCCGGCCUGGGGGAAGCGGCUGCUGGAGGUGCUGCCAAAGGCAAAAGCCUACGUGCGGGACACCGGCUUCUUCGUGGAGGAGAACAUGGGGCAAUGGCAUUACUUUGAAGAGCAGUGGGAAAAAUACCUGGCAGAGAGAGGCAUAUCAGACGGGAUCUCGCCACCCACCUUCCCCCCAAGGUAUGGUGUGGAAGAAAGAGACUCCUUCUACACCUCCCUCAGCUACAACGGCUGGGGGGGCAGCAGCGGGCACGAUGCCCCCAUGAUUGCUUACGACGCGCUGCUGGGCGCGGGGGACUCGUGGGCAGAGCUGGCUCACCGCGCCUUCUUCCAUGGUGGUGACAGCGACUCCACCGCCACCAUUGCGGCCUGCUGGUGGGGCGCCAUGCACAGCUUCCAGGGCGUCAAUGACUCCCUCUAUGCCCAGCUGGAGUACAGGGACCGCCUGGAGCAGGCGGCCAAGGGCUUGUACCGCCUCACCUAGAUGGGGGGGCAGCAGGGCCGCCCAGGGGUGCGCUCACCCCAUGGCCACCCCUUGCUCGCUCAAGGUUUAGCAAACCCCAUCUGCAAACCUGCUGGGUUAAAGCACAGGAGCAUCAGCCAGAACCAGAUCUGCUUUUUUUGUGUUGGCUUCAAUAGGGGGCCAUUCUGGGCUAGCAGCUUGCAGAUGGUGGGUGGGGGAAGCACUUACAAGGUGGUUUGAUGGGAGACAUCCCUCCUGCGCUGCACAUCGCCUGGCCCUCAAGGGGAGCAGGGGCACCCGCUGCAGCAUCGCUAGCCAUGCCCCAGCAGCAAAAGCUGCCCCAGACCAGGGUCCUGCCCAUAGGAGCGUGCCCGAGGGGGUCAGGGACACACAGCUGAGUGCAGGGAGUGUGCAUGGGCUGCAGAUGCCUCCCGGCAAGCCUAAGCUAGCCCAAGGUCCCUGCCUGGUACUGUCACCAGGGAGUGCUGCGGACACCACUUGCCAUCUAGCACUGAGCUCCUCAGCACUGAGGCUAUAGCAGACGCAGCCCAAGACAACCUGGUUGGGGAGGGGGGGAACAGGCAAACAGGCAGUUGUGCCUGGGGACAGCAGCUUUCUCAUAGAAUUAUUUUAGCAGAUUCUUUUGUUUUAAAUGAAUAUGGGGAAAAAACCCAAACCCAGCCUUACAGCUGUGCCAGCACUGCAUUUUGCACAAUUUCACAGCACUUUUGCUGUACAGGUAAGAAUGUAUCGCACUACUUCCCUAUUUCAGUUAAUGUGGGAGUUCAAGACUACUAACCAAACCCUUAAGCAAGGUAAAAGGGGGUAAUGAAAAUUAAGUUUGCAUGUUACGUCAACUUAAGCAGCUUCUGUAGUGAACAAUAUUCUUCUGCUUACAUCAAGGUUACUAAAGAUUAUUUGCUUAACGUUUGCUAUGGAUAAUUCUAUAAAAGAAAAAGUUUUUUCUUCAAAUCCAGACUAUGACAGAGCAAAGUACUUCCUGUUUUCAAGGCAAUUUAAAAAAUGGUGUAUCCCGUUCAAUAAAGAGACCUGACGUGC